UAUGACGUAAUAACAUGGCGGAUUUGCUAGCUGGGCUUUGACCUGUCAUUUUUCUUUUUAUUUUAUGAGACUUGUGUUAUUCAAAUCGUCCUAAAAAAAAAAAAUCCACGCAUCUGUUUACUCGCAGUGUUUUGUUGCUUCGGAAGCGCCAUACUAAAGCUCCGUGUCAUUUAUGUGCUUACUUUCUCCUCUGUAGGGGCUGUAAUAAAGGACCCAGCAGCCUAUUUAGUGAACUACAGAAUACAGUGGACGCCGUUUGGGACGCGGCCUUAGCUCGAGUUUCUUCAGCUGUUACUGUUACCUGUAUUUUAUUUACAUUUCUAGACCAUUCAUUAUGCAUUAUGAUCGUUUUAUGAUCGUUUCAGCAUCCUGUGCAGUUUUAUGUGGUGUUUUUAUGGUCUUAAUGCUUUUUCUGUUGCGUUUAAUCACCGUCUUGCGGUCUGGUGCAGAAUGUAAACCUGCUACAAAGGGCUCGGUUUGUGUUCUUAUUGUGGCCGGAUCAGGUGGACACACGUCAGAGAUCAUUCGUCUGAUGGGGAGUUUGUCUCUGUCUUACACCCCACGCCAUUAUGUGAUAGCAGACACUGACAAGAUGAGUGAAGAAAAGAUUCGGACAUUUGAAGCAUCCAAAGAGAAAAGCAGCACUCAAGCGCAGUUUACCAUUCAUCGGAUCCCACGCAGUCGAGAAGUCCGUCAGUCAUGGAGCUCCUCGGUGCUCAGUACGCUGUACGCUCAGCUCUACUCGCUCCCUCUGGUCUUCAGACUCAAGCCUGAUAUGGUGCUGUGUAAUGGGCCUGGGACCUGCAUACCUCUGUGUACAGCUGGAUUGCUUUCAGGGAUCCUGGGGUUUAAGAGGGUCUUGCUGGUGUAUGUGGAGAGUAUAUGCCGUGUGGAGAGCCUCUCCCUGUCUGGAAAGAUCCUUUACCACUUCGCUGACUACUUCUUUGUGCAGUGGAAGCCUCUGAAAGCCAAAUAUCCCAAAUCAAUCUACAUUGGGAGGAUAGUAUGAGUGGAAAACUUGACUCAAAAGAACAUUAUCAUUUUGUAAUUAGUUUGGUACAGUGACCUUUUUUCAGUCAUAUGUAUGUUUUUUCAGUUUUGCUUUUUAUAUUGACUUCCUGGUUAAUUAUAGACACUGUUACUAGAAUGUACUAUUUUAUGUUACAGUGAGCUAAGGAAUGACAUGUGCUAUGAUUUAUGCAGUGUAUGUCCUCAUGCCCUUGUGGUUGCUUAGGUGCAGCUGAAAAUCUUGUUGCACAAACAGGCCUUGCAUUCAGUCUUUUCAUUUUCCUACCGAGAAACCAAGGCCAGAUUUGAUGUACAGAAGCCUGGCUGCGGAAAAGUGCUGUGAUGAAAACACAAUCAGUGCAGCUAAACUAAACACCACACCAUGUCAGAUAUACAUGUGAAAACUGACACAUUUUCAUGUAGUUCAGGUAAAUCUUCAACCUGAACAAGAUAGAACUGUAUCAGCUGACCUUUGGGUUUUGUUUUUGUUUUUUUAAAUAGCUGAAUUCAAUACAACUGCUAUAGAGAUUUCUUUUGCCUUCGUGCUCAGUGUUCACUCUGAAGAAGUCUGGAGCUGCAUUGUGAGGUUUCCUGUUCUUACUGUUACUACUGCCACAGAUACUGGCAGAGGUCCAAAGUAAGUGGCAUGAAUAAUUGAUGUGUAUUAUUUUGCAGUUGGGGGGGCCUGCAAAAAAAAAAGAAUAAAGUUUCUAUUUUUGACCUAA